ACCUGCCUCUCUCUCUCUCUUUCUCUUUAUAACUAAGAUUUGGUUUUUGGGUAGAGAUUCCAUGGCAGAAGAAGAGAAAAUAUCUCAGAACAUGCAGUCCCUGUCGGUGAAUUCAGCUUCUCAAGAGCCAUCUUCAAGCGAUUCGAAUCAAGAGACUGGGAUGACAUUAGAGGAGAGAUUUCAGAUUAUAAGGAGUAUUGGAGAAGAAUGUAUACAAGAGGAUGAGUUGUUGAAUCUGCUCGCCAAGAAGCCAGGAAUUAUUUGCUAUGAUGGCUUUGAACCCUCUGGGAGAAUGCACAUUGCUCAGGGGGUUAUGAAGGCAAUAAAUGUGAACAAACUAACAUCUGCUGGAUGCAAAGUAAAGAUAUGGGUUGCAGAUUGGUUUGCACAGCUAAACAACAAAAUGGGAGGCGAUAUGAAGAAAAUUAGAACUGUUGGAGAUUACUUGAUUGAGAUUUGGAAAUCUGUGGGAAUGGAUCUCGAAGGAGAUAAGGUGGAAUUUUUGUGGUCUUCAAAAGAAAUUAAUGCACGGGCAGAUGAGUACUGGCCUCUUGUGAUGGAUAUAGCUCGGAGGAACAAGCUUCCAAGGAUAUUAAGCCCCAUUUGCAGGUGUUCUCAAAUUAUGGGUCGUAAUGAGCAGGAUGAAUUGACAGCUGCACAGAUUUUUUAUCCAUGCAUGCAGUGUGCCGACAUAUUCUUCCUGAAGGCUGACAUCUGCCAGCUGGGCAUGGAUCAGCGGAAGGUAAACAUGCUUGCCAGAGAAUAUUGUGAUGACAUCAAAAGGAAGAACAAGCCUAUCAUCUUGUCACACCACAUGCUGCCUGGUUUGCAACAAGGGCAAGAGAAGAUGUCCAAAAGUGAUCCAUCAUCUUCAAUCUAUAUGGAGGAUGAAGUGGCAGAAGUCAAUCUGAAGAUAAAAAAAGCUUACUGCCCCCCGAUGGUCGUUGAAGGAAAUCCUUGUUUAGAGUACAUUAAGUACAUAAUCUUACCAUGGUUUGGUGAGUUCACAGUAGAGCGAGAUGCAGCAAAUGGUGGGGGCAAGACCUUCAAAAGCUAUGAAGAAAUUGCUACUGACUACGAAAAAGGAGAACUACAUCCAGCAGACCUCAAACCUGCUCUAUCAAAGUCUUUAAAUAAGAUUUUGCAGCCUGUGAGAGAUCAUUUUGCAAAUGAUGCUACUGCCAGGGAUCUACUGAAAAAAGUUAAAUCUUACAGAGUAAGCAGGUGAUGAAGUUGAGAGUCAAGAUACUUGUUUGGGUUGUUGCUCCAAAUUCAAAACUUAUGAUUUAACCAGCCAGACUUUUAAUUCCAAAUUUCCAUAGAACUUGAGUUUAAUUUUUGAAAAAACUUGAUAAAUUUACAAGCCAGGUGCAUUCUAGAUGAAUGCAAAGGGAGAAUUGAAGUUCAGGUUCUAUUUCAAUUGCGAUCCUAGAUUCUUGGUUGUAA